AUGGGAUUAGAUUGCUCAACCUCUAGAAAACCCAUUAUAGAUACAAUCUCAUAAGAAUUCCUUAAAAAAAUUAAAAAGAAAUUUCCAAUUGCCAAUCAGAUUCUUAAAUCAGAUUUAUCUCCAAUUAUCAAUACACCAAUUCUGAAAAUCAAAGAUAGAACAUAUCUAAAACUUGAGAGCCAUUAAACUUCUGGAAGUUUUAAAAUUAGAGGAGCUUUUCUAUACUUUUAAGAUCAACCCAACCAAUAAAUUGUAGUUGCAAGUACAGGUAAUUUUGCAAAAGCAUGUUUUUAUGCUUACAAAAGUUGUUAAGAGGAAACAAAGAAUUAGAGUGAAAUCCUGCAACAACAAGAAAAAUAGUUCUAAUAAAUUAAAUAGGAUGAAUAUAAUACUCCUACCCCUUAACCUGAUUUUUUGCAAAAAUAAUAAUAAUAAUAAUAAUAAUAAUAAUACUCUUAAGAAGAACUUAACAAAUCCAAUUUAAUAAUAUUUGUACCUGAAAAUGUAAACAAAGAUAAAUUAAAAGAAAUUACAUGUCCCAUUAUUUAUGCAGGUUAAGAUUGUAUCGAAAGUGAAAAAAGAGCUCGAUAAUAUGCUGAAGAGCAUAAUAGCUUUUAUGCCUCCCCUUAUAAUGAUAUAAAUAUGAUUUUGGGUAGUUGCACUAUUGGAGAAGAAUUAGAUUAAUAGUAAUACUAUAUUUUUAUGUAGUUUUAAUGCUUUAAAUGAAGAACUAGAUUUUAUUUUUGUUUCAUGUGGAGGUGGUGGUUUGAUUGGAGGAAUUGCUUUAUAUUUUAAAUAUCUAAAAAAUAAAGGCACUAAAAUUAUUGGAGUUUAACCUAGAAAUAAUGCAGCCAUGUACCAUGUAAUAUUACUAAUAAAAUUAGAUCUUGCGUAACAAAGACGACUACAAAUUACUUGAUACUUUAUCAGAUGGAACAUCUGGUGGAGUCGAAGAAAAUGCUAUCACUAUUGAAAUUUGUAAACAUCUGGUUGAUGAUUGGAUUUUAGUAAAGGAGGAUCAAAUUCUUGAUGCUUAACUAAAACUAUUGAAUGAACACAAACUUAUUGUUGAAGGAGCUGCAGCAUUAGCUUAUGCUGGCUUUAUGAACUAUCCAAUAGGGCGUCUUUCAUGUCUGAUUGUAUUAUGUGGAUCUAAUGUUGAUCCACAAAAGAUUAUUGUAAAAAAAUGA